AUGUACACAAAUCCCAUCACCCUCCGUCCGCAGCACGACAUGCCCUACGAUCUGCGCCCCCGAUCCCUACAAUGGGAUGAAGUCAUGGACAGCGACUCCAACGGCGCCCUGUCGCCAAGCAUGAGCAGCGAACUGCGCUUUCCAGCAGUUCAUAUGACCCCGCCGCAGGAGCUGUUUCUGCUCUCGUCACAGGCAACGGACUACCUCGGCUCGAACCAGGAUUCGCCGGGCGAGCUGGGCGGCUAUCCUGACGUGAAUGCUACCUCUAAUCCCAACCGCCGACAAUCGCAGAACCGCGAAGCGCAGCGCCGAUUCCGCGAGCGGCGGGGACAGGAGCGCAUCCAACUACGGAAGAAGAUGGAGGAGCUGCGGGCGGAAAACGACGCGCUGAGUCGGCUGCUCGCCGAGACGAAGAAUGCGAACCUCAAGCUUGAGGUGGACAAUAAGCGGUUAACGAAAGAGCUGGAGACGUUGCGCCGACGGUGGCAGGAUGUGCUACGGUUGAUGGCGGAUAUGGUGCAGCAGGAGACGGGGGAGGGGGGCUCGCCGACGAGUUGUUCCAGUGGGACGUCUUCGUCCUCAUCGCGGAAGGAGGUGCAGGGUCUUAGGAGUUCGAUUAUGAUGCAGAUGCUGGUGCUGUUGUUUGAUGAAAAGGGUGAAGAGGGGCCGCCUCGCACGAUGAUGGCUAGAUUGGGGGCUUUGUCUGGGGAUCUGUGA